AUGUCUUCUGAUGAAAGUUUUGAUGAUGAAUAUUUUGAUAAAUCUUCUCCUAUUCGAAUGUCUGAUCGAGUUCUUCGCUCAUCAUCCAUUUCAACAAGUUCUGAUCAAAUAAUGCCAAUGAACUCAAUUGAUGAGACAUACUCAUCAACCAACUCCAACACAAAAACAAUUUCUAAUGGAAAUUUUACUUCACGUAGUUUUGAAAAGAUACGAUUAUCGAUUGAAAGUGCUUCAGUUCAUGAAGUUGUCGAACGAUCAAGUCAAAUUUUCGAUGUGAAUCAUUUGAAAGAAUGUAUUGAUAAAGCUCAUAUAUGCCCUGGUGGUCGACUUGAAUUGAUUAUUGAUAGUGGAAAAAGCUUUGGAUUAUUUCACAAAAAUGGACUGAAGUGUUCUAUUUGUAAUAAAAUGACAGACUUAACCAACUUUCCUGCUCAAUCUUCACGUCAAAUUCAAGAACCUAAUCAACGUUUAUAUGCAGCAAGUGCAAUAAGUGGAACUGGUUAUGCGGCUUGUCCGCGUAACGCGACACUUCGCUGA